CCACUUCCAUUCCACGCACGCGCACUUCACGUGACGAGACCAUCGCCACCCCCCUCCGCCAUCCUUCCCACCGCCGCCGCCAACGCCGACGCCGCCCGACGACCGAGCCAACGCGACCAGCCAGCCGCCCAUGCCUGCGCGCGCGGCGGCGCUCUCCUGCCGCGGAGUCUCCCCGCACCCCCGCGCCCACUCCCUCCUCCCUGGCCGCCGCCGCCGCCCCGUCCUCCCCUUCGCCGAUGAGGCGGCGGCGGCGCCCCUACGUGUCAGCUCCGUGCCCCAUUCUCGGGCUUACGGCUGCGGCGGCGGCGGUUACUUCGUGCAUCUCGAAGACCGCGAUGACGGAGAGGCGUCUCGGUUGCUGCGUGCCCUUCGGCGAGUCCUUCCCGAUCACCAGAAAUGGGCACAACCUGACCUUCUGAAAGCUGCUGUUAUUUCAACCAUGUCAAUACUUGCUGUGCCUCUUGAGGCAUCGGCAUCGGCGGAGACAUGUCAGCCAGCUAAUUCUAUGGCCAAUAUGCCCAUUUUUAUUGCUGUGGCUCUAAUAGGUGCUGCUGUUGGUGGAUUACUAGCACGGCAAAGAAAGGAGGAAUUAAAGCGACUGAACACUCAACUUCGCCAAAUUAACACGGCACUUAGAAGACAGGCGCAGAUUGAGUCAUUUGCUCCUGGCCUUACUUACGCGCCAGUUGGCAGAGCAACAGAAACUGAAGUUAUUGUAGAUCCCAGGAAGCAACAACUGACAGUAAAUUUGAGAAACGGGAAGACAUUUAUGAGGAAUCAAGAUCUUGAUAUGGCAGUAAAGGAAUUCAGGGCAGCUCUGGAGCUCGCAAAGAGCGUAGGAGAUCGCUUUGAGGAGAAGAAAGCUGCUCGUGGAUUAGGUGCAUCGCUACAAAGAUUGGGCAAAUACAGAGAAGCAAUGAACUGCUACUAUAAAGUCCUGGAGCUUUCCAAGGAAACGGGCGAGGAUUCCGGGUGCACCGAGGCCUACGGCGCCAUAGCUGACUGCUACACGGAGCUUGGGGAUCUAGAGCGAGCGGCGAAGUUGUAUGACAAGUACAUAUCAAGGUUGCAGCCCGGCGGUGGUGAGUAAACGCUUGGGCUUUCCUGACCCAAACGAUUUGGUUUCUUCCUGUUGCAUGGUUGAUGUUCAGCAAAACAGUCAAUUUGUUGGCCUCAUUUUAGCUUUGUGGGAGCGCUUGAAUCGCUCAAGGAAAAAAAGCUCAACUCUUGUAUAUAAAUGUCAGUGGUGCGUGCUACUUGAGAUAACAAUGGCAAAGCUUGGUCUGGUUUGCUGCCUGUUGCAAGCGGCAAGCACUGCGUACACACACGGUGCACGCAUCUACUGAUCUUCCUAAAAUAACUCUGCCAAAGUUCAAAUAUCUUAAAAA